AUUGGAUAUUGGUGAUUGUUCGCUUGUUCAGUAGCUAAAAGAUAUUGGCAAGGCGGGGAAGAAGCGCAAAUGGGCCGAUUCAAAUCCCUUCUUUUCAUGUUGAUCUUCCUAACUCUAUCAAGGUCUUGUAUGUCUUAUUGGUGGUUCUUUUCUUCUUCUUCUUCUAGCAAGACUACUGGCCAGAAACCUCCAGAAACUCGGCAAAUAUCCGGUGAUGUUUCGGUUGAAUUCUCCAUGAAAGCUUUCCAUAACGAAAAGGCAAUUGAACGGAUAGAAGAGGCUGGUAAAAAAAAACUGAAAUCUUGUUGGGAUGAUGCUUAUAGAGCACUAUUUACAUCAUGCUCCGAAAUUUCCAGCGACAAGAAUGAUAUGAAGAAGAGGUUUUCUUGGGAACUAAGCAACUGCUUUCAGAAGGACAUCGGAAGGUCUCCUUUUCCUACGUGCCGUAAAGGCUCUCCCAUGAAAGAUUGCCUUGCAAAAUUGGACGACAGUGCUAUUCAGACUUACCGGGCAUUCUUCCUCGAGACCGAGUCUAUUUGCUAUCAGUUACAGUCUCAUGUAUUCAGGGCUGAGACAGAAAAGUUGGUGAAUGAAUUGGUGAAGUCAGCUGAUUAUGCAGAGGGCAAAUUAGACACCAUAGCAGAACAAUCAGAGAAAUUGUUGGAGGGUUCAAAAUAUAUACACAUAUCUUUGACUUCAAUUGACAAGCAGACACAAGAAAUGGCUCAAACUUCCAAGAAAGUUGGUGAUCAAAUUGGUAAUAUAGUGAAGCAGUCAGAGGUAAUGUUUGAGCAAUCUGAGAAGAUUGCUGCAUCUCAAUUAGAAUUGCAAAAAGGGCAAGACAAAAUGAAGGAAAAUUUGCAAGAGGGCAUGGAAGUGAUUCAUGAGUCUUAUCAUGCUCUAGGUAAAGAAAUACACAGUUUACAGAAUGAGACUAUUGAAAUAGAGAAGAAGGUAACCGAAGUUGGCGACACCGUGUCUACAAAGAUGAACAGCCUCCAAAGUAAGGCUGAUGAUAUCAGCAAUGUAACAGAGAUUUCCUUGGAAAAGCAAAAAGAACUUCUGGAAGGUCAAUCCGAAGCUCUUGACGGGCUUCAGUCACUAACUAAAUUCCAGGUUCAAGCUCUAGAAGAGAGCAGGGGUAUUUUGCAGCAAUUGGCUAAAUUUGGUCGUGAACAGCAAGAAGAGCUACUUCGGCAACAAGAACAGAUUAAACAAGGCCAUGACAAUCUGGUUAAAAAUUCGAAGUCCAUACUGGCAGCUCAGGAAGCUUUUGAACAAAAGCAAGAAACCAUGUUUGUUGCUUUGGAAAAGCUAUUCAAAUUGCACAAUGCCUUGUUGCUCGAAUCGAGAUCAAUCAAAGCUUUCUUUCUUUAUUCCAUAUCGAUGUUUGUCAUCUACUUGUCGACCAGCACAAAGCAAACUUACAAAGUGAGACCCAUACUUUACAUAGGUCUAUGCGUUGCAUUUUCGAUUGAAUUAGCAACGCUUAGGUUUUCAAGAAAUGGAGUAGAGCAACAGACUUUGAUAGUCAAUGGUAUUAGGCUCCUUUAUGUGUUGUUUUCUUUAGUUCUGGUAGUAUACGCCGCCUUCACAUAUAGGGACUAUGAAAUGCUGAACUACAACAUGCUGAAAAAUCUAACAGAGGAGUUUCUAAGGUUUCAAAAAAAUGCUGCUUCGCCAUUGGUUAGUGAUGACUCAUCAGAUGAUGAUAAUGAUGACUCGGACUCGAUUACAUCUGUUGACACUGACGUUAAUGAUGGCAUUGAAAACCUAAUGGACCACUCCUCCUAUCAUAUACAUGAGGAGGUUGGAGAUAAUUCAAAUCUUAUUUCUUCGAGUACUAGAAGAUAUAAUCUCCGCAGUCGUCGUUAAACUAUCUAUUCAUCUAGAAUUAUGAACUGUUUAUUUGCUAAGAGCUAUUAUACAUACCCCUAGAUAGAGCUAGCUAGAUUUGCCUAUGCUGGUUGUUUAAAGUGGAUUGAUUAUCCUAAUUAACUUUUUCUAAUUAAUUAUAUUUGU